GAUGGCUGGGAGGUUUUUAGCCGAAAUAUCGCAAGAAGAACUGUCGCUGUCCCGAGUGCACGCCCGAAAGAUGAUGGAACAUUUAGCUAAAAUGUUCACAAAGGACCACUCGAAAUACUUUUGCGCACUUGUGGUGUUCCACAGAUUCAGCUGUACUUCACUGAAGCCUAAUAGCCGUGACAGUUGACCCUGCCCGAAGCUGUAUCUGCAGGCAGCGUGACCGUAAUUGACGUUUCGCCAGUAGUUAUCGCUCCCGGGCGUAACGGUGUCAGUGCGGCGACGACCGCGAAGGACGGCCACUUACAAUUAGACCCAGAGGCGAACCGAGCACUGCCCAGCUGCCGACAAAAGAAGUGGUUCAGAGGUGGCUCAAUCGACGCCACCAGCUGUUCCGCGCAGUGCAGAAAGUGACGGCGAGAAGCAAGCUCGCUGUAUUUAUUGCUGUGUGUCGCAGCGUACAAGACCGCCUAGAGGUGCAGCUGGGCCAUGGGGCCGAGCGUGCGCGCCACUCUGGUUGUGGUGUCGCUGGGUGCCCUCACCGUCCUCUACCACAUCGCCUCUGUGGGACAGACGGGGCCGCCAGACUUCUUCCAGGUGCGCAAAAUAUCCGGUGGCGAGUACCUGGUGUCGAGCCCCAGCUGCCGCAUCCCGGACAUGCCGGCGCGCCACCCGUCCAUUAAGGGGCUGCUCAAGUCGGUGGGGCCCAUCGUGUGCUCGCGCCGGCCGCCGCCCAGCUACGUGGAGCGGCUGUCCACGGGAGCGCACGUGCUGCGGCUCGAGGACAAAGCGGCGCACUGCUGCUACCACAACGUCACCAGGCCCGCCGACCUCGACAUCGUCAAGACACCCGAUGAACUCUACAACCUCUCGGAGUGCAAGCCCAUCGAGAAUGGGGAGGCGCGGUUGCUGCCUGAGGAGGAGUUCCUGCUGGUGAAGUGCGGCAAGGUGAUGGUGAACGCGCACGUCGUGGUCGCCGAGACGGAAGCUGUGCGCAGGCGCUUGGACGCGCAGCAGGAGCAGGCUGCCCCGGGCCUCAGCGUGUUGCUACUCGGCAUAGACUCCAUGUCGCGGCUCAGCCUCUUCCGCACCAUGCCGCACACGGUCGAGCUGCUGCAGCGCCGUGGCUGGGUCGAGUACAAAGGCUACAACAAGGUGGGAGACAACACAUUUCCAAAUCUGAUAGCUCUUCUGACUGGGCUGAGCUAUGAAAAGGUCAAGAAAGUCUGUUGCAAGACAAAGGAAACACCAAUGGAUGACAUUCCUCUUAUCUGGAAGGAUUUUCAUCAACAAGGAUACAUAACUGCGUACGCUGAAGAUGAAGUAUUUAUUAGCACAUUCAACUACCAGAAAGGUGGCUUCAAGCAUCAACCUACAGACUACUAUCUUCGACCCUUUUUCCUUGCCACAAACAAGAAACUGAAAUCUAAAUCUACUGAUCAGUCAGCUACAUGUGCCGGGUCUCUUUCUGUUUCAGAACACAUUCUUAGGUAUGCAGUAGAUUUUGCAACUGUUUUUCAGAAUGCCUCAUAUUUUGCACUCUUUUGGGUGAACAAUUUUAGUCACGAUAACCUCAACACCCCUAGUGCUAUGGACAUUAAAAUCAUGUACCUCCUUCAAGAGCUGACAGACAGUGGUGUUCUGAACAAUACACUUGUACUUUUUUUCAGUGAUCAUGGAAUGCGCUUUGGGAAGAUACGAGAAACAGUUGUUGGUUGGUUUGAGGACAGACUUCCCUUCCUGUAUUUCUGGAUACCUCCUUGGUUUAGGAGUAAUUACCCUGAUGCCUAUAAGAAUAUUGUCACAAAUAGCAACAGACUAACAUCACCUUUUGAUGUUCAUGCGACUCUGAGAGACAUACUUGAAAGGGCAGGAAGAACAGACAGUGAAAUGAGUGUCAAAAAUGCAAGUCUUGAAUGCCCAACGUGUAACAGUCUCUUCAGGGAAAUUCCCUAUGAUAGGAAAUGUAAGGAUGCAGGUAUUCAGCCUCACUGGUGUGCAUGCACGGAGUACAGGACGGUGUCUACCAAAGAUACUACCAUGCAGGCUUGUGCAAAAUAUGCACUUUCUGAGCUGCAGUCUAUGUUAGAUGCUGCAAACAAGGAGAGAAAAGUGAAACUUUGUGCUGAUUUGAAGUUGAAACGAGUAGUUGAAGGGAAAAGCAAUGAUCUAGAUAUUAAAGCAGAAACGGAUCAUGUGGACUACGUAGUUGUGUUUCAGACUACGCCUGGUGAUGGACUGUUUGAAGCAACUGUCAGACACUUCCACAAAGAUCCAGCAUCUUUCAGUCUCACAGGACAAAUUAGCAGGCUAAAUAUUUAUGCCAAUCAAAGUAGGUGCAUUUCAGAUGCUCAUCUGAAGCUUUACUGUUACUGUCUAGAUAAAAAAGUGUGAUUCACAAAAUUUCCAAGAAAUGUCUAUUGCUUGUGCGUCAAUGAGAGUUACCAGGUAGCUCAAAUGUGGUUCCAUUCUGUAGCAUCUAUAUGUUCCUGAAACAAUGAAAUGUCAUGUUGUAAUGACAGUAAGAUAAAUUAUUUUGCAGACAAGAAUUUUUAUGAUUUUUUUUUUCUUUUACCAUGGCUGUGAAGCUAAAUUUUAUAUAGAAACUGUUCAGUGGCUGCUUUUUUAAGAUUGUGACUGAAGUAGUUGCAAUGAAAGCAGUCGUCUAGUUGGUAUUAUUUUUCUAUGUUGUGUUUAAAAGUACUUCUCAUACUUUCAAGGACUAUGUAUUACAUCCUGUUAAUAUGAACUUACCUUUUCUUUAUGGCUAAUUAUUUUUUCUGGUGACUGAAGUGAUGUCUAUGAUUGUUCAUAGAGUUCAGGAAAUCAUAGUUCCUGCAAGUGCAUGAGGACAGUACAAAUGUGUUAAAUGUGUUCAAAUGCCAAAUAGAUGGUGGUCAUUGUACUGGCUGCAGACUGCCUAAUGAGAAAUGUUACUGUUGUGUUUCCCUUUUCUUUCAGCAUGCAGCUGGUAUGGAGUGCUGAAUUUUCAGAACAGGAAAUUUCUUGAGCACUGAAUAUUUUGUAUUUUUCUUCAUUAUAAAACUUCAUUCACUUGUUACUUUGCAAUGUAUGAUUAUCACACUUGUACAGGUCUUAGACUGAGUACACCACAGUUCUAAAAAUGUACUCUACUCUGCUUCAGUGAAGAAUCCCCAAGUAUGACAGCUGUAAGCUGCCAAAAGACAAGCUGUAAGGGAAUUAUAGGAUGCAAUAUAAAUGAUGAAGAUAAGAAAGGUAGCCUUGUACUCGAGUAUCAUUUUGCAGAUAACAA